AUCAUUGCCCUCUCUCCCCCAUUUCUCUCCCCCCUCAAUGGUAUUUUUCUCCUUCCGCCCGCCGCCUGCCUCCUUUAUGCGCCGCCGUGAUUCGCCGCCUCCUUCCGCUUGCCUCGAAGGCACACUUCGUCGGCACGCCUUGCCUCGCACCCUAGCUCACGAUCUGCUCCAUCCCGCACCGAAACAAUAACGGCUGGCCGACGACUCCAUCCCACUCCAAAACGGCGACAACACUACUACCUGGAUAACAUACCCUCGAUUCCAAACCACGACUACAACAGACGCACCUAUUCGAUUUCUACAAACCCUACCCAAAAUCGGUAAAAAUUUCAUUGCCCCCUGGAACCGUGACUCCGUCGUCUCCAGCUGCGAAGGCUGAUUUGCCCCUUCGGCUUUUAAAAUUCCGAAUCGGCUAAUUCAAAACCCUCAUCGAACCCACCGCCUAGCUCCUCCUUACACCGUCUGCCUCCUUCGCCAUCUCCAACAGCAAGAAGAUACAGUUAAAAACUCUUUGCCGCCACUGGCCAGCAAGAAUCGGCUGGCUUCUGAAGAUGCUAAAAAUUGGUCAACAAAGAAAAAUCUUUUGGUUGUGCUAAAAACAAAGAAAAAUCGGCGGCGCGAAACCCUCACCGCCUGUCUAACCCGCCGAUCUGCCGCGCCUGCCUCGCUGCUCCACCGGUCUGGCGAGGCCAGACCGCUAGCACCCGACACAACCGCCGCAAGCAUUUCCAUCACCAUUCCGAAGCUACCAUGGAGACACAUGGGAGUAUUGCUAAUGAUCUCUAUUCAAAUAUCCUGGAAUCAUCAAGUGUUGAUUCAGAUAGAAGAAUUAAUACAGUCCAAGUGAAUGAUAAUUUCCAUGAAAGCGAUGCAGAUGACUUGUGGUAUGAUGAUGACUCUUGUGAAGAUUCUGUUGAAAAAUCGAGUAAAGCACUCGAUAUGGACAGGGAGUGGAAUAGGAGGCAUGAUCAAUUCCACACGUUAGGCUAUCGUGAUGGUCUCAUCGCUGGCAAGGAAACUGCCUUACAAGAAGGGUUCAAUAUUGGUUUCAAGGAUUCUGUGCUUACUGGAUACAAUUGGGGUCGUGUGAGAGGGAUUAGUAGUGCUAUGGCUUCCUUGCCCAGUGCCUUGAAGGAAAAGUUGGUUGAAUCAGAGGAAACUCGAAAAAGAAUCCAACAGUUGCACGAGUCUGUGCAGUGCAUCUCAUCAACAGAAUCUUUAAAGCUGUUCUAUGAAGAACAGAGAAGGAAAUCACUGAAGCAGGAAACAACUGAACACAGUUCCAGUGGAACCAAUCAAAGCUUGGAUGCAGGUGUUCUUGAGAGUUACCAGGUACAGCUUCAGUCGAUCCUUCACGAAUCUCCUCUGGUUGAAGGCCAUUUGAAAAUAACUCCUUAAUUUCGCUUCCAUACGAAGUACUAUAUUGGAAGAUCUUAGCACAUAGUGAAAAACUGAUAUGUUGUUACAGGCAAAGUGUAAUUCCUCCAAGAUUUUAUCAUAUUGUGCAACUGCUUCAAAGUUUAUCUAACGAGCUUUUUACUUA